AGUUUUGUUAAUAUGUCCACCACUAAAAAUUGAUGUGAAAUCCAUCUGCACUACAUUCCAUUUUCUUUCGUUGUUAUCGAAAUUCUCAGUUCGUCUUCGUCCUAGUGCAAAUAACAAAUUUUACUUAUUGCAAAUUUCUGUAGAAAUUGGAAAUACAUAUUGAACAAUUGCGUGUUUGUUUGUGCAUUUGUUUGAGUGUAAGGACGCAAGGAGGGAACAAGAUAACAACAAUAAAUGUGAACAUUAAAGCCAAACAUUUAAAUUUGUAUCAAUCAAUAUAUAAAUUAUAUUUAAGAGCUUACCAUAUGCAGAAAGUAAUUCUAGUUUUGUGAAUGUAAAAAGAUCGCAUAAAAUUGAAAAUGGCAAAAAUACAGAAAGAAGUGUUUGAUAGUUCGGAGUAUUCAGCUUUACUAACAACACUGUCCAUAAAAGACGUCAUGGUGCUUGAGUUUCAAAUAGCCAGCCAUACCAAAUGGGAAAAUAUGGUUUUGUGCAAGGAGCCAAGUAAGAAGAUGUAUUUAUGCAAUGUAUGCUCUGUUUGUCAGUAUGGAGAUAAGAAUUUAUACAGUCAUCUUUCUGGCAAGAAACAUAUUUGUAAAAUGGAAAUUGUAAAAAAUGUUCGCCUUCCCAAAGGAAUUGGCUUCAAGAACAUAAUGAAAAGACCUCCUAAUACGCAAGUAAAAACAGGACCAGUAAAUAAUGCACAGUCACCUGCUACUGUGGCAAAGACCACAAACAAAUCUACAUUGACUACACAACCAAUUAAACCUCCAAUCGGAGUCGCAACAAAACCAACUGCAACUAAACCUCAAGUUGCAGCGACUCCAAAACCAGCUACUGCUAAUCCUUCCCUUGCAACUACUCCUAAGCCAAUUGCAACAACAGCUCCGGUUGCAUCUACUUCAAAACCAAUAGUGGCAAAAGAGCCUGUAAAAGCAGCCUCGUCUAAUCCUUCAGCUCCAACUACUACUACGAAGAAAAAUGCAGCAACUGUUCCAGUUGGGUCUACUUCGAAAACAAUUGAACCAAAAGCUUCUGGUCAGCUAGUUGCAACUAAUCCUUCAGCUAAAACUACUUCAAGUUCAACUGGCUUAAAAGCUCCAGUUGGAUCUACAAAGCCAAAUGCAACAAAAGUUGCAGCUGGUGAUUCCACGAAGCCAUCUGACACUCUAGCUUCCGUUGAAUCGAAUGCAAAACCAACUUCAGCAAAUUCGUCAAUUGAAUCGACAUCAAGAAAGUCACCUAUAAUUAAAUCUGAAGCAGAAUGCAUUGCAAAAACAGUUGCACAAGCUCAAUUGGCUUCAAAGUCAACUGCAAUAAAACUUCCAUUGCAAUCUGUCUCAAAGCCAACUUCAAUAGAAGCCAAAAGUGCGAAUGCAGAACCUUCAAUUAUCAAGAAAACUCUUGCACCUGCUGUCAAUCUCAAUGGAAACUCGGAAACUGCCAAUGAAAAAAUAAUCUCAGUUGAUUCAAAGGUUCAGGGUGAUAUCUCUUCAAUUCAAAAAGCUUCCAACACUUUGCAGCAAAAAAAUGUGGAAAAUUCAACAUUGAAAUCCAAAGAUGACGUUCAGAUGCAGAAACCACGCGACGAACCAAAUUUUGCUGUCGAUGUUCUUACAGAUAAUUUCGAAAAUUCUGCUACAUCACAAAAGAAAUCUGAAAUUAAUUUGCCAAAACGUCCAAUACAGUUAAAUCUUGUAAAAAAUCCAGCAAAAUUGGCUGCAGAAGCUAAAAAAAGAAAAAUAUCUUGUGUACCGUUAUCAAAACUAAUAACUGCUGAAGCUCCAAAGGAAAAUAAUCCAGAAACUGUCAAAGUCGUUAAUAACAAUGAUGAUGAUGAUGACGAAGUUAUUUUAUUGGAACCUGAAAUUGAUACUUCCAGUAAGAAUGUUCAAGAAAACAAUAAAGGGCGGGAAAAGAUUAUUACCCCAAAUCCAAUGGAUUUAAAAUCUUUACCAUCCUUUAAUACAACAUUUGAUAACUCUAAAAACAUGACAGACGUAUUGGGACUUAUAGGAGUCGAAUACGUUCUGAAAAUUGUGCGCAGUAUGAGUGAUAGAUCUCCCAGAUUUCUUUGCAGCUUAUGUGAUAUUAGUGCAGAUGAAAUAUCAAUGCAUAACCAUUUAAUCAGCAUCAAUCAUCGUCUCAAGUAUUGCGAAGAACAUUUUCCAACAGCCAUUCGCCAAUACAGACAGCUCAUCUCACACGUACCGGAGCACCAAGUGUUCAAAGUAUUAACGCCUAUAUUAUGUAAAUUAGCUACUGCCAUUGAAACGCAUCAUGGUCGUGAGAACGCCUAUCAUUGUUAUGAAUACUGGUUCAACAAGAACAAGAAAAGCUUACUCUCAACAGUGUUUCAUCGCCGACACGCAUCAGAGCAGACUGGUCCAACAUUUACACAUGUUGUAGAUUCAAAUGAGGUGGAGAUGUUUAUUGAAAAUGCAAACAACAAGGUCGAUCCACCAAUAGAUGGUUUCAUAAGGUUGCCAAAUAAUGAGCCUGCAUAUCCUACUUCUUUGCAAAACUCAAGUGAUGUGUAUCGCAGUCAACAACCACUCAUUCAGAACUAUAACAAUGACUAUUCGCGUCAACCCAACAACCAACCACAUAAUGUUGCACCUGUCGAUGAUGAGACUCACAAACGAAUGGUUGAAAAUUUUCUAAGAGAUACGCGACAAUCUCAACCGUCACGCCAUCGCCAAACUGCUCGAACUUCGAAACGCAAUCGAUCCAGAACCCCAUCCCCGGAGCGAAAGAGAAAGCGUUCAUCGCCGGUAAUAGCAUCUCAAUGGGAUGUGGAGCGUAGAUCAUUGUCCCCAUUGCGAGACGGCGAUAUCUGGCAGGCUUAUAGACAUAUGGUUGAUCACAGUGUGCGUGAAUUGAAUACAUCCUUUGAGGUAUACAAAUCAGAUCCUGAGGAGCAUCCGCUAUACAAGGACGAGUGGCAAAAAUUUUGGAAACGACGUAAAGAUGAACUCAUAGCCUCUGGUAUUAACCACCGCACUUACAAUUAUCAAGGCGAAUGGAUUCUGUUCUUUAAUGCUCGCUUGGAAGAACUGUACAAUCAAGAUCUUGAGAAUAUUAAGAUUAAGUGCCGUGAAAGAUUGUGUUUACCAAUGACCAAUAAUGAAUUGACUGACACCAAAUAUCACGUAAAUGUCGCUGAUUAUCUUCAUGAGCCCGAAAUUGAGCCACUUCAGGGACCGGCCCACAUUGAAAAUACCGUGGAGCAUCGUCGAGAACCCAUUGAACAUCGGCGAGAGCCAAGUCCCCCCAAACCCAAGCCAAAGCCCAGAGAGGCAAGAGAAGAAGUUAAUGCAAUUCAUGUGCUUCGACUCUUAACAGCACUUGAAGAUUACUUAGGAAGUUUAGGCCCCAGCAUUACGGAAUUAUUAGCCAAAGCUCUACAGAUUUCUAAGGUGCAUCCAGACAAGGUUAACAGUUUGAUUCUCUCACCCGAAAAUUGUGUCGUUUUGGAGACGGCAAAGGAAAAAUUUACGGGUCUAAUAAUUUCCAAAAUGCUGGAAGGCAAUCAAGAGCGAGCACUGAAAAAGGCAGUCAACGAUACUGAAGCAUUGCUGGAGUUUGCUGCUGAAUUGACGGCUCAAGGUUCAAAUGAAAACGCGAAAACUACUGAAAACAGCAGUACCGCCGGACCCUCUCUGAGCAAUUCUUACUCAAAUCAGGAAGUUGCUCAAAAGACAAAGUCAACAGGAUCAUACAAAAUAUCAGAUCAAUUUGAUAAAACCGAACUGGCUGCCAAAUUAGCCUCAUCAUUGAUCUCACAAGGAAAAACAAAGAUUAACCCUGAACAGUUGAAGCAAAUUAUUCAAGUUUACUCACUAAUCGAGCAGAAAAAACUUCAAGAACCUUCUUCAAGCACAACGAACGCUGGUAUUAACUCAUCAAGUAUUACAUUUAGUAGCAAUACUAGCGAACGUCAACAGUUGUUGAACUUAAAUCCUUCAGAACAAAAUCGAGAACAAGCUUAUUACUUCAAUUCUGCCACACAAAAUCGUGGAUCUUAUAACCCGAAUGCUGACACACAGAAUCGAGAUUCGUUUAAUUCAAAUCCUGUAGCACAAAAUCGCGAAUCUUAUAAUUCAAGUUCUGCAGUACCAACUCGGAAUCAGUUUAAUGCAAGUUCCGCCCAACAAAAUCCCAAAUCAAAACUUCCGGCUCAAAAUCAACAAUUUUAUAACUCAAAUUCUAACCAUGAUCGUCAAACAUUUACAAAUCAAAAUCAAUUCAUGAAUUCUAACAUGACAAGCGAUAUGCAAAACAUGCAAACUAGUUCGAAUUACUUCUCUGCAAAUAUGGCUCAAACAAAUAAUACAAUUUUCAAUAAAAACACAUAUGGUGGAAACGCUAUGGAAUACAAUAACAGCGAUUUGCCGGAUCAACAGUAUAACCAAUUCAAUGACAGUGGACAAUUUAAUAACAAUAGGAAUCCCUCAUCUAUGUACGCAAAUCGGACAUAUCCUUUUGGCUCGUCAAAUAACAACACCGGAGACAGACGCAACUGGAUGUAAACUGAUGUGCCCUAUGCUGAUUAUGAUCUGAAACCCUUGCAAAUACAAUUUGUUGUAAUGCUAGUUAUUAUUUUUUAAAUAUAUCAUUAUGGAAGAAAAUGAAAUAUGUAUGUGAUUAUGUAAACAUACAAUUAGUUUUGAAACUGUAUUUAAACAUUGUUCAAAAUGUUUUCCAAAAAUUUUAAAUUUUUGAGACAUUUUGUAAUAAUAACUUAAAUAAAAUAUUAAAUAAUAUGUCAUAAGAAGAACAUAUGAUGAACAAUGUAAAAUUACCAAUUAAGUUUUCUUUUUUUUCAUAAGAGUAUUUUUUUGAAUAUGAACUUUUAGAAUUGUAAGAA